AAAUGACUCGCAGUAGCUGGGAACCAAUGAAACGAUUGAAAUCAUGGGUUUACUCAAUGGUCUGAAGACUGAAGGCGGCAACCUGAUUACAAAACCUCCUGCUUGGCUGCUUCCCCAUUGUAGGUUUGAGUUUCAGAAAACUAACAUAACAGAAGACUAGAAGAGAGAGAGAGAGAGAGAAUGGGUAGGAGAGGCGGAAGAGCUUCCGUCAAGAACAUGGAACUAGAGGGGUUUCAGAUGGCAGACCCUCUACCGAAUGAUCAGCCCAAAAGCUCAAAUCCUUCCUUGGAGGGAGCCAAAGCAAAUAAUGAAGGAGCGGCUGAGCUGAAAAAUGGUUCGAGAAAGGAAAUUUUAGAAAGCAAAAAGGCUAACCCUAGGCGAUCUCAACGUGUUCAGCACACAAUCUUGUAUACUCAAGCUCGGGAUAUUGAGCCUGUGGUUGAAAAUAUAGAUUUGAGUGGAAAUGAGGAAGAUGAUCAGCAGCAUAUUCAUCAGGUGACAAGGAAUGCUGAGUCUGUUCUUGGUAUGAAAAGCCUGGAGGACAAAAUUGAUUAUGCAGUGAAAAUUUUGGAAUCACAUGAUAAGAUGCUUGAAGCAUUGAAGCUCAAGGGAGCUGAUUGGUACCUUCCCACUCAGGCCACAACUUUGGUUGGAACAAGAUCAGGGGAGAAGAAGAACAAGUACAAGGAAAUGUAUAUAGACUCUCAAAAGAAGAUUGAGAUCUUAAGAGAGGAGAAUUAUCAGCUUGGUAAAAAGUUGGAGAAUGCUCUUGGAAGGCUCGAAGCAUAUGAGAAGGGACAGAUAUUUUGUUCUGAAGCAAUUGAGAAAUUAAGGGAUACGAUGUUAAUCUCUAGUCUUGCAAAGACAACUGAAAGGGUGUUGGAUCUUUCAGCCUCUCGGUCUGGUAGAACUCAAGUCGCUAAAAGAGGAAGGUUUUGAAAGCUAGUUGAAAGGACUAAACUUUUCCGUUUCCAUCCAUGUCUUUUUGUCAAUCUUUUGAACAAAUUGUUAAGAAAAGAUGUUUCUGUUUGUAACAGCCAGACCUUGUUCCUCACAGGGCUUUAUUAUUCAAGAAGUAUAUAUAUAUAUAUAUAUAGAGAGAGAGAGAGAGAGAGAGAGAGAGAGACUCAAACUAAGAAAUCCUGGGUUACUUCAGUGCUGCUAUUAUGUACUUCUGAGUUCUGAUGGAUUUCAAUUUUUAUGGCAUCUAGAGAAGUAAUGUUGUGGACUGUAUGUUGAGGUGAUUUUUUUAUGCAAUUAGGCUAGUAUCAUUUUGAAUUUCCAACUCUGUAAUGCCUUUCUUUUGUAAUGUUUCAUGAAGAACGUAUUUGUCA